AUGAAUAUUAAAAUUUUUUUAUUAUUUUUAUUUUUAUUUUUAUUUAUAGUUUUGAAUAAAACAAAUGGUUAUAUCAUAGAAAAAUUAAAUUAUUCACCACAAGGUAAUAUUAGAUAUGGUUCACUUCUUGGUUGCUCAUUUACAUUUUAUUUCAAGGUAACAGAUUUUAAUUUAAAUUUUGAUUCGAUCAGUGGGGAUUAUAUCUUUUCAUAUGCCAAUCAACUUUAUCCAAACCCAUACGAAGUCCUAAACUCAACAACUAUUAUCUAUUCCUUAAUUCCUAAUGGAUCCGGUUUCCCAUUUGGAUCAGAUACUGCAAAAGUAAUUGAUAAUAAUUUAAAUCAAACCAUUUUGGAAUUUCCAUAUACUUGUUUAGAACCUAAAAUUGAAGAUAUAAAUAUUACAUUAGUUGGAAAGGUAUAUCCUACAGAAUUUAUUGGUAAUUAUCAAGCAUUAAUUAAAAUUAGUGGAUUAAAUAGCACAAUUGGAAAGGCCCAAUACUUUUUUUAUGGGCUCACUUGUCCAAAUUAUGAUUGUAAACUUGUAGUAAAUGAAGAAGAUUCAAAAUCAGAUUAUUUCAAAGUUAAUAUUUCUACUUUAACCCCAGAUGUUACACAACCAUUUAUUAUUUUAUUUCAAAUUGGAAAUUCUUCAACUUCUCAUUCGUUUACCCUUUCAAAUAGUUUAUUAACACAGAAUAAUGAUAAAAUUACAGAUUAUUUAUUAUGGCCAAAUGAUUUUAAUAAUGUUGUAAUAAGUGGUUUAAAUUUAGGUAGUGCAGUUACAUUUGUUUCAAAUUUAUUACCACUUCAAUCAGCAUAUGGUUCGAUAAUAAAUUCUAUUAAUUUUGGAAACAUCAAAAUGUCAUAUUUGUUCCCAAUUUAUGGAAAUACAAGUUCAACAACAUACAUUUACCAUUUACCAGCAAAUCUUUAUUCCUAUCAAUUUAGUAGUUCUCUUCAAUUUUUAUCACAAGAUGGACCAUCAUUAGUAAAUCAAGGUGGUAUUGCCUUUGAUUUUAAUUAUUUAUCUGAGAUCGAAUUGAAUGGAAUUAAAAAUAUGGAUACAAAUGAUUAUUUAAAUUUAGGUGGCACUGUAUUAGUAGGAUAUAAUAUGGUCAGCGCUAAUUAUACUUUUAAAACCAUGAAUAUUGGAUUAUAUGGUAGUUAUCAAGUAAAAACCAAAUCUCCAUUUGGCUUUAAAUCUGGUCAAAAUAGUAAUUAUUAUUAUUCAAUUGAAAUAUUAACUCCAGAAUCAGGUGGUUUAGGUUCACCAAAUUUAAUAAUUGAUGAGGCCAAUCCAAUACAAAUUGUUUCAGAAACUCCAAAUGACUGGACAGAUAAUCCAAUUUUUCAAUUAAUAGAAUUAGAACAAUUGGAAGGUUCUUUGUUUAUUUUAAGAAUUAAAUUUACAAGUAAAAAUGGAUUUAAAUAUGUUAUAUCUCAAGAUUAUGUGUUGGAAAUCAAUACUUUAUUAGGUGGUGUUGAAUGUUUAGUUUUUGGUACUAUUUAUAAUGGUACAUAUGAAAUUUUAGUUGAUAAUACUUUCACCAAAUUAGGAAAUUUAAAUUUUAUUGAUCAAACUGAUAGAAAAUUUGAAAUUUCAACACCUUAUUUCUAUUCAGAUACAUUACCACCUUUUGAUAUUUCAUCAUUUAAACCAAAAAAUAAGAUUGAAUAUUUAAAAAAUAUUUCAUUUGUAAUUAAUGAAAUUGAUGUUUCAAAUAUUUCAGUUGCAAAUAGAGUUUACUUUAGUUUUGAUCAAGAUGAAGUUCCAAAUAAUUAUCCAAUUAAUUUCUUUACACAAAAGAAAUCAUUAUUACAAAAUGAUAUUAAAUAUUUCCCAAUAGUUUGGAAUCCAACAUUAAAUUUAUUCCAAUCAGAUUUUUAUGUUGAUGCAAAUAUUUAUCAUGGUAAUUUAGUUUAUGGUAUAGCAUUUGGUGAUUAUCAAAUUGAUCAUAAUUUAUUACCAACUCAAUUAAAUGUAAUUUCAAAAAAUAUGGAUUAUUAUGGACCAAUUUUUAAAAAGAUUACUCAAGAAUUUGAAGUAAAUAGUUUUGGUUGGGAUUUUACUAUAGAAGAUUUAUAUAAUGGAUUUGAAUAUGGUUUAAUUAUUGUAAGAGGUUCAAUAGAUUCAUCAUUAUAUGAAUUUGAAAUUAGAUCUUCAAAUGAUUUAAUUUUAGGUGAUAAAUUCAUUGGUCAAUAUUCUAUUAGAAUUAAUUCAUCAAAUCCAUGUAAAUCACAAAGUUAUGUUAUUACAAAUGUAUUUUUAAAUGAUACAAUGGGACGUUAUUCAAGAUUUAGUUUAGAUGAAAUCCCUGAUCAAUUCGAUUCAUUCAAUCCAUUUAUAAAAAGUUUAGAUGAAAUGACAGUUACAUCAAUUAAUUUCCAAGGAUGUGGUAUACCAGAGGGGGAUGAUACAACUACACCAGAGUUAAUAGCAUUUACAGUUUCAAGUGGUAUUAUUGAUGUUGGUUCUUUAAAUAGAACAGUAUCAUUUAAUUUUGAAACUCGUGAUUCAGUUAGUGGUAUUAAAUAUGAUCAAAACCCAAUAGUUUAUAUACUUGGUGGAGAUUUAAAAUUAUUACAGUGUAAAUCUCAAUUACUUAAAGAUUCAAAAUAUUAUUGUGAAAUUGAAUUACCAAUUGCAUUUGGAUAUCCACAUGGUGCAUUGCUUUCAAUAUAUGGUAUAGUUAAUAAUAAUGGUUAUUUCUCUGGUUUUAGAAGUUCUGAUUUAGAUUUAUUAGGUUUCCAAUCAUCAAUUAAUAUCAGUACUUAUUCAAUUGAUAAACCAAUCAUUACUUCUCAUAAAGAUAUUAAUAGUAAUGGUGGUAAUUUAUGGAUUUUUGGUAGAGGUUUCAAAGGUGUAAAUUCAGUUACUCUUUCAUACCAUAAUCAAAAUUUACAAGCACAAAGAAAUGGUAAUCCAAUUAUUUCAAAAGUUUAUUCAAGUGCAAUUUUAAUUUCAAAUAUUUUACCAACAAAUAAUAGUUUUACAAUUAAAGUUUCAAAAUUAUCACCUUCAAAUAUAACUUCAAAUAUUUAUACUAUUAAACCAUGGAUAGCACUUUAUGAUCCAACGCCACCAUAUUUAUCAUCAUCAUCCUCUACUGAAAAUACAAAUUUACCAACAAAUUCACCACAACUAUGUAAAAACAAUUGUGGUGGAGCAAAUAAAGGAAUAUGUACACCAAAUGGAUGUAUUUGUUUUACUCCAUAUAUUGGUAUUGAUUGUAGUUCCACUGUUAUUAUUAUACCACAACCAAAACCAAACUCUACUGAACCAACUAUUUCAAUUGAUAUACCAAAUAAUGGUAAUAAUAAUAAUGGUUCAAAUGAAUUAAUAACAUUUAAAUCAAUUAUUAAUUUAGUUGCAAUUAGAGAAAUUACAUUUGAUGAUUCAGUUUAUAAAAUUCAUAGAUUUGAAAAAUGGACUUUAACAGAAAUUAAUGAAAAAACUCAACAAUAUAUUACAACAAUUGGUGAUGAUAUUAAUAAUCAAACUAUUGUUAAUGUAACAUUACAAUGGUUUGAUAAAGAAUCUAAUAUUACUUUUGCUCAACAAACAAUUAAAAUGAAUCCUUCAUCUGUUAAAUACACAAUUGAACUUUCAAAAUAUAAAUUUAAUUCAGCAUUAAAUAAAUUACAAUUAGUGAUGUCAGCACAACUUGAAACUAAUUCAAAUGAUGAUUCAAUUUGUUCAGCUAAUGAAUUUGGUGAUACCAGUACAGGUGAUGAUUCAAAUUAUAUUAAAAUUCAAAUUGAUCAACAUUCACUUUAUGGUAGAUUAUUAAAAAGAGGUAUUAUUGAUAAUAGAAUAGUUUCAAUUUCAAAUUCAAUUUUAGAUAAUGAAAUGAGUGCAAUUAAAACACCAACAAAAUCACAAUCAUUCAUUGGUAUUGAUAUACCACAUUAUUCUGUUUCCUCAAUUAUUGAUCCAGAUUUCUCUGUUUUAUUGGAUAAUUCUAAAUCUGAUGGUGGUAAUAAUAAUAUUUGUAAUUCAAAAUCUGGUGGUGGUUUAUCAUCCGCUCAAUUGGCUGGUAUUAUCAUUGGUGCUGUAGGUUUUGCUGCCGUCAUUGUUGUCUCAAUUAUUUAUCAUCAUUUCAGAAAGAAAAACCAAAAAACUUUUAUGAAGAACGUAAAUCAAAAAUUAAAAACAAUGAAUGAAGCUUAA